AUGGAAGCUAAUACAGAUAUUCUGUGCAAUGCCGUUGUGAACCGUAUGGGCGAGAUGUUUGGGGAGUUUGGGUUCCAGUUUGAUUCUAAGCAUAGCUGGAAUGACGUUACCGACGUGACGAAGUGGCAGCUUCAGGUGGAUGAGGAAACAGCAGGGGAAGACACUGUUGAAACUCUCUACGAUAUAGUCUUGCCUAUCAAACAGCGUCACAAAGUGGUGAAGCUUCGGGCUUCAAGUUUUUAUAGGGCCCGUGUUCGUGUGUAUUCGGAGAAAACGAUGUCGUGGAGCGUGUGGUCGGAGGUGACACGGACGGCCACUUUGGCGGCGGUUACGGGCCAAAUCAAUGAUGUUGGUGAGGACUACGUGCGUGUGCUGUGGGACAGACCUGCAAGGGCCCCAACGGGCAUCGCUGCGGAAAUCGAUGCUGAUGCCACCCGUUCCAUUGCCGAUAUUGACGACUUUGAGUUACGGGUACUCAGGGAAUCUGAUAUGAGGCAGGAAUUUUGUGACCGCUUCGAAACAGGUGUGCGAACACACAUAGUUCGAGGUCUGCGGCCAGGUACGGCUUAUAUUGUUAUGAUUCGGUACAAGACGCUCAUCAACACCAUGAAGAAAUGGGUGGAGGUUGGUCGCUUCCUCACUAGGCAGACGAAUGUCAUGUCACUCCUGAGCUGCGGUGAGGAUGUUGUUACCGUCAGUUGGGCUCUAGCCAGUACUUCAGACGAUACCAUCGGUUACGUUGUGCCAGAUAACGACGUGCACCGCUAUGAGGUCCUGGUUCAAUCGGAUUGUCAGACUUUUCGCUCUGUUGAGUUCCCUCAACAAGAGCGGACGUACCGCCUAGAUAAGUUAACACCAGGGGGUUCUUAUAUUUUCACUGUCCGUAGCCUGAGCGUGCAGGGCUAUUGGGGGAGGUGCUCUGAACCGCUUUGCGUGCGAACUGCUAGUCGUCCGGAGCUAUCUGUAGUUGCCUCAGGGGAGUCAUUCCUUUCUUUUACCUGGGCCAGAAUGAUCGACGCAGAGACGGAGACUCAGGUAGAGUACCGUCUCAGUAGUCUUAACUCUGUGUACAAGCAGGAGGAAAGGCUUGAUGUUGGACCGUUGGCAGAUGAUAAAGUCAUACACAUUGAGGGUCUCACAUCCGGGACGGAGUAUAAUGUAUCAAUACGGACGUUCUUGAACAAUGAGUGGGGUAUGUGGACAGAACCCAAGAAAUUUCGCACGGAGGCAAGGGCUUCAUUAACUUUUUUGGAGCGCGGUGAGGACUUCAUAACUAUGAAACUCGAGGGAGAGUGCAACGGCCGCUUUGCAUCUCGAUUCAACAUCGUUAUUAUGCAGGUUGAGAGCCAUGACGAGUUGAAUGUUGUGAAAGAUGAGGAAAUCGUGUCAGAUGGAGAUACAUGUAUGUUUACUGUAGAGAAGCUGAGGCCCAACACCAUGUAUAUUUUAAAAUGCAGGUCAUACCAAUUUAAUCGUCUAACUGGUUAUGAGGGAUGGGGUGAGUUCACUGACCCCAAACACACACAAACGCUGCAACCACUUGGUGUGAGACUAUGGGAUAUUGGUGAAGACUUCGCCCAGGUUGUGUGGCGUCGUGGACUCUCUGACGUACCCCUACCUAUGGGAUCUUCUGAUAUGGGGAUCUCUGAGUUAUGGGCCGAUCUCAAGUAUGAGCUUUGCGUCGACUGCGUUGAUUCUGGGGAAACCGAAGUCCUAAGGGAGGAAAUGUUGGGAACGAGUUUCAAGAUCAGCAACCUACAGCCUGCAACAACUUACAUCGUCUCAGUCCGUGCAUGCAACGAGGUGGAGCAGUGGGGUGCUUGGAGUCGCGUGAAGCUGCGUACACUGGCUCCUAUGAUGAUGCAUGUUGACGAAAUCGGAGAGGACUUUGUGCGGCUCAUGUGGGAGCGGCAGCUAGUUGACGAUGUUCUGGUGGGUGGAGACGGCAUUAAUACAAAAGGUGAUGACAGGGACAAUACGGUGGCCGUGGCAGCUGCUGAUAUGUUCGUAUCGAGCUAUGCUGUGUUUGUUUUCAGCCGGGAGCUCUCUGGGUCGUCGGCGAGCUCGCUGAGUGGCUAUCAUAUGGGUGGGAACUCUGAAGUUGCCCGGUACAAGGUUGUGUCCAGUGAGCACACGUCGUUACGUGUGGAAGACCUGCUUCCUGAUCGAGAAUAUAUGGCUGUCGUGCGUGCGUGCACGUCCACGCGGAUGUGGGGCUUGUGGAGUCAGCCGUUGCGCUUCCGUUCAAACGCACAGUUUCGAAUUCCGGUGAACAACCUCAUCAUCGGAGAGAAUUAUGUAAGCAUUGUGUGGAGCCGAGAUGCCAAUCCGCUGAAAAACAAGGAUGUCCACACUGGAGACUUGACCGUCACAAAGCAGGAACUGCGCAUACAGAGUAUUGACCAGUCCUACUCCAAGGACCAUUCACUACCAGCGGACAUGCGGGAGCUUAAGAUUUACGGACUUCACCACGCCACGGCAUACAACAUUCAAAUACGAGCCGCUGGACCAAGUGGGGAUUGGGGGCUUUGGACCCCGCCCGUGCAAAUACUCACCCGUGAUACCAUCCUUACUCGGGCUGUAGAAGUAGCAGACGAUUAUGCCAUAAUUGCUUGGGAGCGGCGUCGUCCGCCGAACCAGAAAAAUUACGCAACCGGGAGGGGUGUCGUAACAUCGUAUCAUUUGCGGGUGUUCAACGUUGGGGGUGUUGUGUUCGAAGUUUUUCUUGGCGAUGGAGACUCACCGUACCGUAUCUCCAACCUGAAGCCGGAUACAUACUACUGCGUGGAAAUAAAGGCAAAUUACAACGACGAGGAGUGGGGCUCAUGGAGCUCGCCACUGUGGUGCCUUACGAUGAAGAGCUUGGAAAUCCAGACGAGAGUUAUAUCCGAGGAGUUCUGUGAAAUCAAUGUACACCGGCCCCACCAACAGAAGCGGCUUCCUGAGGACGAUGGAAACAGAAGCAGCGACGAUAGAGUAGUAGUAUUUGGCCAGUGCCGUCCUUGCCUUAUGUUGUGCGUAACAUCCCCCGUAGAGAACUUGUUGCCUCAUAGUUCCACAGGACAACUUAAGCCGCGUGUGCAUAAUUCGUCUUUGCCAGUAAACGCAGCCGACCACCGUUUGAUAUACCAAACUGAAUUUUGUAGCACAACGGAAGACACAGAACAUACCAUCCCCAGUCUUCGUGCCAACACCGUGUACUGUGUUUCUGUCCGGUCAAAAUUGACGAACGGUGAAUGGGGUAUGUGGUCGCAGCCCCCGCUUUUCUUCGCCACGGUGCCACCCACAGAGGUAGAGUUCACUGAUAUUGGAGAAGAUUUUGUCAGUGUAGGAUGGAAACGCAACAAGCACAACAUCCCGCCACACGUUAGUGGAUCGUCAGAGGUGAAACUUGAACAGGGAACUAUUGUAGCCUCUCGAGUAAAAAUCCGUGAAAUUGAUGGAAGUUUUCAGAAGUUGAUUGAAGUAAGCAAUUCUCUCACUGCGCUGCACAUCAAUGAACUGCAACCCUCGACCACAUACGGUAUCGUGGUGCAAACUUGUGGAGAAAAUUCAGUGUGGGGCGUGUGGAGCACAGAAGCAAAGGUGCGCACUAUUCCUGGAAUGGAUAUCUCCAUCCACCACGUGUCCGAAGAUGCCGUGUGGGUUUCGUGGUCGCGAAUGUCUGACACCUCCAAUUUGGUUAGUUUUGACACUGCUCUCAACACCGAUGCCACUGCGAAAGGUUACGAGGUAUGCAUCGCUGGCGACGGAUAUUUCAAAUUCACGAAGGAGGUGCAAGACAACAAGCUGUUUUUUCGUGGUCUUCUUCCAGAUACGGUGUAUAAAUUCGGUGUGCGGUCACGUGGCUCAGAUAAGCAGGAUUGGGGAAUUUGGGCGACCCGGUCGUUUCACACCAAACCGAGGCUCCGUGUGACAUUCGGGAACGUUGGCGAACAUUUUGCCAUUGUUGAAUGGCGUCGCCAUCUGCCCACGUGCCUUGACCGCUGUGACACCGAAGCGGUGUUUGAGUCUGAGGAUGUUGUGCAGCAAUUCAGACUAAGGGUGGAGAGAGUCGGUGAUCCGGUUCAUUACGUCUACGAUCUCAGCCCGUACGUCAGCAGUUUCCGGCUCAAAGAUCUGCAGCCAUCUGCGGAGUAUUGUGUCUGGCUGUGUGCGAAGGGCUACGAGGGUAUAUGGGGAUUUUGGAACGAGGAGGCCCGCGUACGCACGCUACCGAAAUUGCAGUUGGACAUUACGGCCAUCGGUGAAGAUUACGUCACAGUGUCUUGGUUUCGACCAAAUUGGGCAGGUGAUAGGAAUUGGGAAAAUGAAGGUGAGACGAAUGCAGUGGAUAGGGCCGUGAGCGGGUACAAGGUACAUGUACUGGACAAGGAAGGUAAUGAAGUGGUAUCACAGUAUGUCAAUUUUAGGCAAACAACAUGUACGCUGUCGUCGCUGAAACUUUCAACGAUAUACUCGGUCGAAGUGUCAGCAAAAGAUACAUAUGAUGAACUGGGUUUGUGGAGUGAUUCUAGGCGCUUCGUGACUCUCGAAUCAGUUGAAGCAAACGUGCUGCUUGUCGGUGAAACAUUUUGUCAGUUGGAAUGGGGCCGCCGCAGCGAUCUGGCAGAGCGGCGCAGCGACCUUGUGGACCGACGCAGCGGACGGCGCACUUCCGGCUUCACAGACGGUGAGGGGAGCAGUGACACCGGAAGCUAUAGCGCCGCGUCUGAAGCUGCGUUGGCGGCAGAAGGAGAUGUGGGCGGGUCUGAUGUUGAACAAAUAAAGCGGAGGGCUAGCAGCUGUGUUUCGAUUAUUAGUCGUGGUGCCCGACAUGUUUAUGGUUGCACUGCAUCCUCUGAGUUAGCGAGUGGUGAAGGUGGUGACGGGGACGAUGAUUACAUUUUUGAUGAGACGGUGAUGCGUGGAUGCCCUGAUAUCCUGCAGUGGCAUGUCCAGAUGGAGUGCCGUCGCCUCUCCGGUGGCCUACCUGGUGCAGAUGAUAUUGUAGAGUUUUAUGCUCCGGCGGCCGAAAUGGGUCGACUAGUUACAAAUCUUCAGGCGGAUGCCGAGUACACCCUUACCGUACGGGCGCAGGAUAAAAACAACACAUGGGGUCACUGGAGCAAGCCACGGAUAUUGGUAACGUGUCCGCUCCUAAAGUUAAGUACUGACAGCAUAACCGAAACUUUCAUAAACGUUUCAUGGACUCGUCCACCCAUGACAAGAGCAGUGAGCCACUGCUUCUGUUGCUACCCCGAGGAAGCGGACAUCCACAAUUACCAGGUGCACAUCGAACCUCUGGCAGCGGAAGAGCCGUUCGAUGAGCGUGAUGAACCUCUUGUAAACGGUGCCCGACUAUACGAAACCUCCCAGCGAUCACUGCGACUCUGUAAUUUAACCCCAGGUGCGCAUUACCGUGUUGUUGUAUGCGAGCAACGGAUUGAUUUCAGAGGGAAGUUCGUGCCCGAUUCAUGGGGAACUUUUUCCCAAACGGCUGUCGUGGAAAUGGUUCAUCCGAUGGGUGUUGUACCAAUCGAAAUUGGUGAGGACUACUGCUUGGUGGGGUGGCGACGCGUUCCCCGGAAGCUUGACACAACCCCAGAAACGGGUAUUAUUCGUGGUGUGGUGAAAGUGACUGCGUAUGAGCUUCGUGCCACUCGGUUGGAUGCUAAGGCAAAAAAGAAGUACGAGGGCCCCCUUUCGCUGGAUACUGUUCUCUCUCUUGAGCCCACUGCAACCUCGUAUCAUUUAGGAAACCUUGUGAGUAACACCAUAUACGCGGUGAGCAUGCGUGCCAAGGCAGAGGGGUACUGGGGUCCGUGGAGCGAGGUAACGAAGUUUGUGUCGCAGGGUCGACUGAAGGUGAAGGUACACUCCGUGUAUGAAGAUGUUAUUCUGGUGAGUUGGAGUCGACCGCUACCCGAUUGGGCUUGUGCUCGGCCUGAUCUCAACAAACCUGAUGACUUGGGGGACUUGCCCCAGCUUUGCGGCAUGUUUACAGAAACUGAUAUCCUCAGUGGUCUGGAUGCGGGGUCCGACGCCGAGCCUGAGCCGGCGUCCGUGCUUCCCAGUGACAAUGGAGUGGAAGGCAAAUUACAGGUCGAGGACGGUGAGGAUGACGGCAACGAUUGGGACGCAGUGCAAAUUGGGGACUACUCCAUCGAGCGUUACGAGCUUUAUCUUGAGGGCAUUACGUGCGAUGUGCAACAGUGCCUUACGUUAUCCAAGUACCAAAUGUCUGUUCGUAUCACCGGUCUCCAACCCGACCAGAUUUAUUCUGUGUGCGUGCGUUCAUUGAGUGAAAAGAGACACUGGUCGAUGCUUUCUCACCGUGAAUCUGUGCUAACUCUCACCUCCAUGGUUACCGAAGUAUCGCACCACACCGAGACGAUGGCGAUUAUCCGCUGGUUCCGGAUACCGCAGGAUGUCAGAAAAUACGAAGCAUUCCUUGAAGAGCGCCGUACCGCAGAGGAGCGACGCUGUGAUGAGCGUGAGCGACACGAACUUUUCGACAUGAAACGACGGUUACAGGAACUGGAGGAGUCAGAGGAGCGGAAUAAUUUGAAAGACCACCUUGAGUUACGGCACGAGCACAACGCAGCGGUCCGCAAUGACGCAAUACAUCACCUCCGUGUUGAAAACAUUGUUUUGGGCGACCCAGAGGUAACAGGAUACCACCUGCGAUUUUAUGGUGAAGGAGUUAUGCCAACCAUUCAGGGAGUUCAUCAUUUAUUACUUCAUUCUCCCUCUCAAAAGAUGGUUGGGCGAAAGCGCCGAGCGGAAUCUAUGAGAUUAUUGACCAAAAUGAAGCGGCAGCAACGCAAGCUGAUGUCAGGAGCUACCAGUGCAUGCCAUAUGGAGUGCGCCCAUGUGGACAUGUCGGCUCCUGGUGGCGCCCAGUUGGCGACGUCCUCGGACGGUGGGGAGCCGUCAACUCCAGCAGUUGCAAACAUGGAUUUGGGUCUACCAAGGGAAGACUCUGUCCUCUUUGACGUGCAGUUACGCCCCGAAGUGCUCUCCAUUACCGUGAAGGGUCUCACGCCCGAUUCACCUUUCGAGAUGGAGGUGCGGACGCGGAACGCCGUGGGGGACUGGUGCCCAUGGAGUGAGCGCAACCGGUUCGUAACGUUGAGGCCAAUCGAACUUCUGCAUGAACGGUUUGGUGAGCAUUUUAUCAGUCUUUAUUGGCAUCGCUUACCACCAGCUGUGUCGGCGAAAAUUGAAGCAGACGAGAGGCAGUUGUUCGAGCUUAACAAGGAGUUUUCUAGUAUGUGCCCCAAGGACAUUAAGGCAAAGGAACAGGAGCUUUCGAGUGAAGAGCAGCAAGAACUAUACACUAGGAUUGCCACCUUUCGUGACCUUAAGGAAAGCGUCAAGGCGAAGAGGAACUGGCUUGCUAGCGGUCGUGGUGAAGUAGUUGUGCACGAGCACACACCGAUUAGGGGUUAUCAGUUGCGUAUCAUUCAUCAGAAUGGCACCUUUGAAGAUCAUUACAUUCAAGGCAAAAGUAACGGAGAUACUAACGAACCCAUCAUCUGUGCCUUCACGGUGAAGCAACUGGUAUGGAAUACUAUGUACACGGCACUUCUGUGUUGCGAUUACGGUGUAGGUUGGGGUCCAUGGACGCCGCCGUUGAAGUUCAUGACGCAGAGCCUCAUCCAGUUGUCCAUCACGUGCAUAUCUGAAACCUUUGUGGACAUCGAGUGGCACCGAGCUCCAAAUAAGCGUCUGCCACCUAUAGAUGAAGCUAACACACUGAGAAGUGAUGCGUCUUCUCAUGAAGGAUGUGUUUGUCAACUGCGUAUUACAUGGGAGAGUGAGAAUGAAGAUGAUGAGGGGAAGAUCUGCGAGGAGUACCGCACCAUGCGCUCGUGCUGUGUCUUCCGUGUUGACAAGCUGCAGGUGGACACAAAGUACACGUUUGAAGUGCGUGAGUGGGGUGCUGAGGAAGCUUGGGGGCUUUGGUGUGCUCCAAAAACAUGCGUUACAAUGCCUGGUAUGUCUGCAACUGUGGAGAAACUCGGUGAAGAUUGGGCCCAGAUAACCUGGAGGCGACGAGAUCGAAGAGUAGACUACGACAAUGAUAUGAAUGUUCUGCAACAUGGCGUGGAUAAUGAAAUGUUUUACGUGCGGGUGUUGGAGUUACAAGAUAAUGGCGUUGAUGGGGAGAGCUGUGAGGAACCCGCGGUAAGCGAAGAAGAACUAGCGCCAAAGACGCUAGCAGAUGAAAUUGUGGGAGUUUUAACCACUACGCAGCAGACACAGGGCCCUCUGCCCCCGCAGGAGCAUCCGGUUGAGUACGAAAGUGAUGGGAGUGGUCGGCUGCACCUAACUAGACGGUUCAACAAAGACACAUUCUCUUUCCGAGUGGAAAAUCUGAAGCAAGAUCGUUUCUACAGUGUCCAAGUUAUGAGCGUGACCACGGGAGGCCAGUUGGGCGCGUGGAGCGCUGAACAACACUUCCUCACGAUGUCGAAGAUCCGGGUCAAUGUGAAGCACAUCGACGAACAGUACGCCGAAAUUGAAUGGAAACGCGUUCCCCCCAGGCAGCAUCCGAGAAUGGAUAUGGCUGAAGUGUUCACCGGGAGUUACGUUGCAUCAGCAUACAUGAUUGAUGUACUUGGGCGUGAUGGCUUGCAGUUAAAUGUUGUACUAACGGGAGCCACCAACACCUACUACCGUUUGAAAAGCCUGAACCUGGACACAGUUUAUACCGUCAGGGUGCUUUCCAUUGACGAAUGUGAAGCAUCAAGUAUGUGGUCGGAACCGCUUCGUUUUGUGACACUUAAGCGCCUAGAGGUUUACCCCACACAAAUCACAGAGCACUCUGUCAUGUUGGAGUGGGGUCGUGAGGAGCAACAACCAAAAGGUGAUGAGGGUACCGAAUAUGAGGGGAGGUUUGAUCCAACGAUCUGCGUCGGGUGUCGCGAUUGCUCCGGCUACCUUCUACGCAUCUAUCGCUGUGAUGAAGCCAGCCGCAAGUUGUUGUGCGAAAAGCGGUUUGCUGGUGAUCUUCAGGAGUACCGCCUCGAUUCUCUCACCCCGAACAGGCCGUAUACUUUUAAAAUAUGCGCGUCGAACAACCUUGGUGAAUGGGGCUUCUGGUCGGAGGAACGUUGCGUGUACACCAUGAAGCUUAUAAGCGCGGAAGUAUUGGCUAUUGGUGAGGACUAUGUGCGCCUUCAUUGGAGGCGCAAGGAACCCGAUGAACUGCAAGUAAUGGUGCGCACAUCCACAGAUACUAACGGUACGCUAAGUGACGAAGGUGAGGAAACGUCCAACGGGGGAAGCAGUGGGCGUGACAGCGACGAUAACACACCCAUCACCGUGGGGGAAAGCAGCAGAAGUGUUGGGGGCCAGACCGGAGAUUUCUCCGAAAGUUCUGGUUUCGCUGCGGAGUCUCAAACAACUCUGGAAAGAGAAGAUGGGCGUCGCUCCUCCUUUAGGGCCAUGUCACCUGACAAACUGAAACCCGGAUUGUGCCAAAAGAGAUACCCCCUUCUGGACCAACCAGAAGUAAGGUCCGCGAUGUACAACAGCGCAAAGACUCGUGUUGCAUACUAUGCCAUCACUUUCGUGCAAGAAGGUGAGGAUGAGGGUGUCACAUUCAACGUGCCAGGUGAGAAGACGACAUUCACAGUGUCGUCGCUAAAACCAGACAAACGGUACUCUUUGGCCGUCCGUGCGUGCUACGGAAGCGGUGAGUUUGGCCUCAGUAGCACCCACGUUACCUGUGGAACACUCAAUCUGUUGAGUGUGGAGUUGAUUGGCCUUGGUGAAGACUACCUAACGGCGUCGUGGCAACGACUUCCGAACUCAUUUGCCACGAGCGACCUGCAACCUUCGGAUGUAGAAGAGUUGAUUUGCUAUGAGCUAGCUGUUCACGACUUCACUGAUGUGUCAUAUGGCGAGGAGGAUGCAGAGGAGCUUCCCCCCCGGUUACGCCGCACGAUGAUAAUUCCAUCAAAUGUUCGUAACAGCACAGUAAAGGAGUUGCUAUCUCAUCACCGAUACCGUGUGAGUGUGCGACGUUGGUAUAAGCCGCACGAAGAGUUUGUUGUUGAUACCAUACAUCCCGAACUCCCACAGGCUGAGGAUGAAGGCAUAGUGGAGGCUCUCAACCAAAGUAGAGCGGAGCCAGGUGCGUGGAGUGAUGGUCUAUAUGACGUAACUCUGCGUGACAUGGUGUGUUUCAUGGAUGACGGCGCUGAGGACUUCUUUGCUGUCCAUUGGGAGCGUGACCCGCGGGCCCAACCACUACCAGUGCGAAAUCCGUUUCCCCCCAAGCCCGUGGAUAGCUACCAGCUUCGUGUUUAUGAGGUGGGCCCCAAUGCUGCUGCAAAUGAAGGGUCUUUGCUAAUUGACAAACCACUCUCAGGAAGCGAAACCACUUAUGUUGCACGCAAUCUGCGUCACGAUUCGCUAUAUCGAAUUCAUGUGCGCUGCUGCGUGGACAAUGUAUGGGGGCGGUGGAGCCGAAUCGUCCAUGUUAUGACCUUACCAAAGUUUGCCGUCGAAAUGAGUUCUAUUGGUGAAAAUUACGCCGAGUUUUCCUGGCAAAGACCCCGUCGAUCUCUGCUACUUCCAGACGGAUCGGAGGCGCUCUGCGGCAAUGAUGAUUUCCUUUCAACGUUUCAGGUGGACGUUAUCGGUCUUGAGCACAGUUACCACAUUAGCAAGCAGUUCAAGGGCGCGCGAAACAGCUACCGGGCUAAGUUGCUUGAAGCCGCCACUGUCUACUCGGUGUCCGUGCGUUCCUUGGAUUCUCGACGGGAGUCGUGGAGCCCCUGGAGUGAUCGAACGUUCUUUGCGACUCUAAAGCCGAUGCAGCUUAUUGUCUCCUCCCCUGGUGAACAGUUUGCCACGGUGGAGUGGUUCCGUGACGAACAAACUGUGCAAGAAUACGCGGAUAUUGUGGGGUGUUGCGGCGAGACCCCGGCUUCUGCUGACGAACCAGAGAGCCUUCCUAGUACUACAAACAAUGCCGUUGCUGCAGUUCCCGUUGUUCUUGGGACACCAGAGGUAAUUGCAUACCAUUUGUGUGUGUUCGCUUCGCAACACUCUCCAGCCCUCGCUAUCGUUGAUAAGCAGUUCCCGAAGGAUGUGAACCGCUACCGUAUCUGCUCCCUGGAGGCUGAUGCGGCCUACGUUGUCGUUGUACGCUCAUGUAAUACGGACUCGCGCUGGGGUCUGUGGAGCAAGGAAGGGUUAUUCCGCACGCAGCGUGUGUUGCGAUUAGAUGUGGUGAAUGUAGGAGAAAUCUAUGUGCGUAUGAAGUGGGACCGUGGCGAAGGUGAUCGCUCCGAAGAAAAAUGCAACUCCCAACCUCGGCUGGAUCCCUGCGAAUACCAGCUUGUCUUAAAGGGUGGUAAUGAAACUGUGGAACAUGUAAUUAAUCCAAGUGACUGUGGCGUGACGGAUGAUGAGUUUCUACUUCCGACCUAUUUACUGGAGGGCCUUUCUCCUGGUUUGGAUUAUCUUAUGGCACUUCAACCUCGGUAUGAUGAAUUAAGUUGGGGCCAAUGGACCCCCACGGUUGGUUUCAAGACACUGUGUCCCAUUUGUGUUGCCCUCAACGGUGUUACAUGCGACUCCGCAGAGUUCACCCUCAACCGAAUGGAGCCACCCCCACCCCCCGAAGCUUCACCGGACGCGACUGGCUCUGCAGCUGGUAGAACCUCCACCGGAAAGGGUAGGACCGGUUCGAGGGGCAGGAAAGGUACUCGAAGUCCCAAGGGGAGCAAGGGGAGUGGAGGGUCAAAGCGGGGCAAGUCGGGCAAAGGAGCGGCAGCAAAGCAGUCUCCGUCACCCGUUUCGGAACGAAGCCUGCUCCCUAGGCUUGUUUCACCUCCUGACGCACAAAGCAGUGGCAGUCCUACUGGAAUAGCAUCGCCACCGGCGCAUGGGGAUCCACUGCUCGGGGGUGCCAGGAUUGUGGAUGGAGAGGUUGGUGAGGAGGGAAGCAUGGAGCGGAAGGCAGUUGUUCAAAUUGUAAAGAAAUAUCAGGUUGAAGUACGCAAGACAGACGAAAUUCCUUCUAAAGAUAAGGAUGACGAUGGGGAUGAGGUUAACGCUACUGCCGUGAACAAUGACGCUGCUGCUACAGUUUAUACUGUUUCAGCUGGGGAGGCUGCGGAAGCGCUGCCACGUGCUGCAGCCCCUCUUGAGGUUGAGCCCGCUGAUACGCAGUUGCCUGCGGCCAGUGGCGCUGCGGCGGCAGUGGAAGGGGAAGUAGAUGGUGCAAAUGCCGUUGACGUUGGCGCUGCUUGUACCGUCGGGGCCGGUCCCACGGAGGAAGGCGGGGACGACUUUCUACCAGAUUGGCGCCGCAUUGUUCUGUGUGCCUCACAGGCAAAGCCUUAUUUCCGACAGCUUGAGUUUGAUGUGGAAGGAGAGGAGGGUCCAAUGAAGAACAUCACGAUUGAUGGCCUCACCGGCUGCACCUCCUACACUGUCAAAGUCCGAGCGAUGGAUGAGCAUAACUCUUGGGGGGCUUGGGUUGAGGUCAACUUGACAACGGCACCAUUCCCACCUCAAUCUGUAACUCUACGGCGGCAGAACGCUCAAACAGGUUUGCUACAGUGGGAGGCUCCAGACUGUUAUCAUGCGUACAGGUAUGUUGUUGAGCAGUCACAUUCUCCAACGGACUCCCGUGGGAAACCAAAGGGAUCGGUGGAAUGGCGCGUUAUCGAUAUUGUUGAAGAAACUAACUGCCGUGUGCGAUUUACGGGACCCGCCGCGAAGGUGCGUUGUCGGGUGAAGUGUUCGCUUGUUGAUGAGGGUAGUCCUUUCAGCGAGUAUUGUGAACCCGUUGGAGUGACAAGUGGUACUGCGCCAGAGCCAGUUACCGAUCUCACGGUGGUGGGGACCACGGACAACAGCGUCACGCUGAUGUGGACACCAUCGCGAUCAGAGACCAGUAGCAACCGGUCUGGCAAUCGGGUUAUUAACUAUCGUGUUUACAUUGGGGUGCGUAACUGCACACCCAUUCUUGCAAGCACAGUCUCUGACUCGACGUUUACACUUGAAGGGCUUGAACCGUCAACGAGCUACACCAUCCAGGUGGUUACCGAAUGCAAAGACGGUAUCAGCUACAACAAUCCCAUCGUCAAUGCCACCACGAGAAGUGAGAAGGAUGUUGCUAUCACACUCCCCCAAAUUGUGGAUCCCUCGCAGGAGUUCGCCGCCGGCGAACACUCACCAACGGCAAAGGUUAUUACGCUACCUGAGAUUUCUAGCGCUCACCACGUAAUGAUCCCACAACCGCCGUCCAAAGGCAAACGAGGGAAAGGCGAUAUGAGGGACGCUAUGCGUCAUGCAGCUUCGUCCUCUGGCAGCAGUCCCGCCCCUGGUGGAGUAAAAGUGCCCUCAUUGCCAAUAAAUGCGCCCUUGUCAGGAAGAGCUGCUGCAGGGAGGGCACAAAAAACGGCUAGAGUUGGUUUGAGCAGGAGAUGA